GCUGUGCGCCUGCGCUGUACAUUGAAGCUUGCGCGCGGGAUUAAACGAGGAAGAGGAUCACAGAAAUACGUUUGGCUACAGAUAUUACUGCACGGUGUAAAUAACAUUUUACGCCUUACUUUAAUAAGUUAUACAAACAGCGGAAGCAUGUGGAAUCAGGGAGGGUACAGUGAAUCCAGUAUGGCUGGGGGCUACACUCAGUCUCCAGGAGGAUUUGCAUCACCUGCCUUAUCCCAGGGGGGAGAGAAAAAGGGGAGAACACGUGCCAACCAAAUAAUCCCCUGCACAGUGUCUCAGCUAAUGUCUGCUUCCCAAGCCGAUGAGUCAUUCAGAGUAGGAGAUGUGGAUGUUGCCCAGGUCACCAUUGUGGGGGUCAUCAGAAGCACAGAUAAAUCCAUGACCAACAUCCAGUACAAGGUUGAUGACAUGACAGGUGCUCCCAUGGAUGUGAAGCAGUGGGUAGACACAGAGGACCAAAGUGUGGACAGCACUGUCCUUCCCCCAGGAACUUAUGUCAAAGUGUCUGGAAAUCUGCGCUCUUUUCAGAACCACAGGUCUGUUGUGGCAUUCAGCGUCAGGCCCCUGGAGGAUAUGAAUGAAAUCACCUCUCAUAUGUUAGAGGUUGUCCAAGCACACAUGGCACUCAGCAAGCCUCAAACUAUGUCGGGUGCCGGAGGAGGAAUGAGCAGUAGCGUCAUGCCCAUGUCACGACCCACCAUGGGAGGCAUGGAUGGGAAUGUAGGAGGCUAUGCAGGUGCCAACGACAUGGCCAACAAUGGGUUAAGUGCAAACCAGAAUCAGGUGUUGUGUUUGAUAAGAAGCUGUCCAGAACCGCAGGGUAUUAGCAUUCAAGAACUAAAGAAGAGACUCGGCAGCAUGAGCAUGGCUGUGAUCAAACAAGCUGUGGAGUUCCUUAGCAACGAAGGUCAUAUCUUUUCAACCAUCGAUGAAGAUCACUACAAAUCAACUGACAGUGAUGACUAGACUAAUUCAUCUUUUUACCGUCAGUGGGGUUUCGUAUUUGAAAUAAUUGGUACAGCAUUUAUUACCGAAAGAUAUCACAGAAGUAACAACCUCCCUGAGUCUAUAAUGCCACAGAGCUGUGCGAAAUGCUGCGAGUCUGUCGGCACUGUGGUCGAUGUUUGUUGAAGAACACGUGGUUUACAAAUGGUGAAACUCAAGAUUUACACAUCCUGUAUUCCUGAUGUUGCUUCAGCCAUUUCGCCUGAAAAAGUUCCUGUCACUGACAUUAUUGUUAGCAGUUACUGCUUUCUUUCUGUUUAUGUAUCUUUCUUCUUCUGUAAAACAUCUUUCUUUCUUUCUUAAAGAUUUGGAACAUAAGUAAUCCAACUUUUUUUUUCUCUAUGUAAUUUAGUUUUGCCAAAAUAAAUUGAUUAUUCAAAAUGUA